AGCCGUGUGUCAGUGGCUUUUUGUGUGUGUGUGGGUUUGUGCGAGUAUGUGUAUGUGUAUUGGCUUGCCUUCUAUGCGCCUGUGAAAAAUCGAAGUUAUUGCAUUACGUUGCGCCAGCUGCCCAGCUGUGUGCGCCCUAUGGGAUUUUGCUUUACGUUAAUGCUAGUAGCGUGUUCGUUAAGCUAAACCCUUAACCAAGUCUUGGAUAUCAACCAUACAUAGACAGACAGACAGAAAUGGCCGAGGAUACCGAAUACAAAAAACUACCUAUUGAAGAGCGUUGCGUACACAAACUGUGGAAGGCACGUGUCGAUGGCUACGAGGAGGCAGCUAAAGUUUUUCGCGAACUGGAUGACGAGAAGUCGCCCGAGUGGUCAAAAUAUGCGGGUCUUAUCAAGAAAAUGGUUGUCGAUUCAAAUGCUCUUGCUCAGGAAAAGGGUCUGGAGGCAGCUCUUAUAUUUGUGGAGAACAGCAGCUUAGCUGGGCGCACUGUUGGCGAUGUGAUGUCGGGCAUUGUUCAGAAAUGUAUUGCCGCACCCAAGACCAAGACAAAGGAACUCUCUGUACAGGUCACACUUAUGUAUGUGGAGAUCGAGAAGCACGAGGCGGUGGUAGAGGAACUCGUAAAGGGGAUGGAUCAUAAAAAUCCUAAAAUUGUGGCCGCCUGCGUGGCAGCUACAACACAAGCUAUGCGAGAAUUCGGCUCCAAGGUAAUAGGCAUUAAGCAAUUUAUUAAGAAGUUGGCUCCGCUCAUGGCCGAUCGCGACAAGGCAGUCCGUGACGAAACCAAACAGUUGGCCGUUGAAAGUUAUCGCUGGAUAGGUGCUGUUAUGAAGACACAUAUUGCUUCAUUGCCACAAGUAACCGUUAAGGAGUUGGAGGACGAGUUUGAUAAAGUAAAAAGUGAGCGCGCUGAGCCAACCAGAUACCUUAAAUCGCAACAGGAAAAACAGGCAAAGAUAGCUGACGAAGCCGCUGCCAGCGUUGAGGAUACGUAUGAUGAAAAUAUAACACCAACCAACCGAAAAUCAGUCAAGAAAUAUUGUAAGCAAGUAAUCAAAGAAACAUUUAUUUUUGGGUCACCGAAGUAUGCAUUCACGCCCCUACUAGAUGAAGAUGGCGAAGCUGGGGUUGAGGAUUUGGAUCCAAUGGAUCUUAUUGAUCCUGUUGAUAUACUGUCCAAAAUGCCUAAAGAUUUUUAUGACAAACUGGAUGAGAAAAAAUGGACUUUGCGUAAAGAGUCGCUGGAUGCAUUGGAAAAGCUGCUCACAGAAAAUCCAAAGUUAGAGGGUGGUGAAUAUGGCGCUCUGGUCAGUGCAUUGAAGAAGGUUAUUUCUAAGGAUUCAAAUGUGGUACUUGUGGCCUUAGCUGGCAAAUGUAUGGCCAUGCUGGCAAAAGGUCUCUCAAAGCGUUUUUCCAACUACGCAACGGCUUGCGUACCGGCACUGUUGGAGAAAUUUAAGGAAAAAAAGCCUAACGUGGUAACCGCACUUCGUGAGGCAAUGGAUUCAAUUUAUUCAUCGACAACGCUGGAGGCACAACAGGAACACAUCGUGGAAGCACUGAACAACAAGAAUCCCAACGUCAAGUCUGAGACGGCAUUGUUCUUGGCGCGUGCACUUUGUCGCACCCAGCCGACAGCAUUAAACAAAAAACUUGUCAAGCUACUGACCACUUCUUUGGUCAAAACGUUGAACGAAUCUGAUCCCACAGUGCGCGACAGCAGCGCUGAGGCACUAGGCACUCUUAUGAAAUUGAUGAGCGAGAAGACGCUUACGCCAUUGCUUCUCGAUGUAGAUGCGCUCAAGAUGACCAAAAUUAAAGAGUGCCACGACAAAGCCGAGAUUAAAAUAAAAGUAGCUGCACCUAAAAAAGAAGCACGUCCCGCCACGGCGCCGACCACUAAAGUAGCAGCCGCUACAACCAAGCCAAUCGGUGGCACUACAGAACCGAAACAAGUGACGCGACCCGCGACCUCAGGUGCUCGAAAGACUGUAAAAAAAACAGGAACAGGAGCAACAGGCGCAGCGUCUGCAGGUACAUCCAGAGCAGCUAGUAGCAAAUCCACAAUUUCAGAACGUGAAUUGACGCCUGAAGAAGUACAAGAAAAAGCAGAUGUGCUACUCCCACCUGAUGUUCUAAAUGGGUUGUCCGACAGCAACUGGAAAAAUCGCCUAGCGGCUAUGGAACAAUUAAUAUUGCAAAUUCCCAGCUAUGAUGCCCAGCAACCGGGCUUAUCUCAAACUUUGGUGCGAACUAUUAGCGGACGCAAACCUGGACUCAAGGAGAUGAACUUUCAAGUGCUCAAGCUUAAGUUGGACGCGAUACGAAGUGUGGCCGAAAACUUUCCACUAACAGCCAUCACGGUAGACCAUGUAGUCAAUGAAAUAACAGAGAAACUGGCUGAUGCCAAGAACGGUGGGUCAGCUUCCGAUGCUCUUACCGCCUUAUCCGAAGCAACCAAACUGGAGCAUGUCGUUAGCAAAGUGCUAAGCUUUUCCCUUGAGCAAAAGUCACCUAAAGUACAGUCAGAGGCCUUUAACUGGAUUAACAAGGCCAUAGUGGAAUUUGGCUUUAAGCUACAGCCAAAAAUGCUAAUCGAUGAUGUGCGCAAGGGUGUACAGAGCACGAAUCCAACAGUUCGCGGCGCCGCUAUCCAGCUGGUGGGUACCAUGACAAUGUACAUGGGGAACUCAUUGAUGGUUUUCUUCGAUGGCGAGAAGCCAGCGCUUAAAUCGCAAAUUCUGGUCGAAUUCAAUAAGAAUUUGGGCGAGAAGCCGCCCAGGCCUGUGCGUGGCGUAGUACGUAGUAAUACUAAUUUGGACGAUGACGAGGAUGAAGAUGCUAACUGCAGAGCGUCACCGGAACCCAUGAAUUUGGCCGAUCUGCUGCCGCGUGUGGACAUAUCGAGCCAAAUAACAGAAUCGCUGCUAAAAGAAAUGUCCGACAAGGAUUGGAAAACACGGAAUGAGGGUCUCACCAAGCUGCAGGCCAUCAUUAAUGAAUCCAAGUUGAUUAAGCCAACCAUUGGGGACUUGGCGCCAGCGCUCGCACAUCGUCUUCUCGACUCUAAUGCGAAAAUAGCUCAAACUGCGCUCUCCAUUUGCGAGCAACUUUCAACAGCGAUGGGCGCCGGCUGUCGUAGUCAUGUACGUGUACUUUUUCCUGGCUUUUUGCAUGCCCUAGGCGACAACAAAAGUUUUGUUCGUGCUGCAGGCCUUAAUUGUAUGAAUAGCUUUGGCGAACAAGGCGGUUACAAGGAGUUCUUUGAGAACGAAAUGAUUGCCGACGCCUUAAAAAGUGGUUCGCCGCUGCUAAAGUCUGAGUUGUGGGCAUGGUUGGCCGAAAAGAUGCCACUUCUGCCGCCCAAAUCGAUAUCCAAGGAAGAACUUACCUCAAUGGUGCCACAUUUGUAUGCGCACAUCUGUGAUCGCAAUGCGGAAGUGCGUAAAAACGCAAACGAAGCUGUCCUAGCCAUCAUGAUUCAUUUGGGUUACGAGGCGAUGGCUCGCGCACUAGAUAAACAAAAGCCAGCAUCAAAGAAGGACAUAUUAGCCGCUUUGGAGAAGGCUCGACCUAAUUUACCCGUCAAGCCGCUUCCCAAAGGCAAACAGCAAGCGCCCAUCCCAGAAGAAACAAAGAAGGUGGUGCGCAGUGGUGGCGGUGGUGCCGCUGCCCUAAAACAAAAUGCAACUAAAGCAGCUAGCGCCUCUAGCGAUAAAGCUUCAACCACCACUGCUUCUCGUAAAAAAGAGGAGGAUGUGGAUACGUCGCCGUUACUGGCAGUGAACAACAUUAAAAACCAGCGGCUCAUCGAUGAGCAAAAAAUGCGUGUUCUCAAAUGGACAUUUACUACUCCGCGCGAGGAGUUUACAGAACUGCUUCGUGAUCAGAUGACCACGGCUAAUGUGAAUAAGGCAAUGAUGGCAAACAUGUUUCACGAUGACUUUCGUUAUCAUUUGAAAGUCAUUGAACAGUUGAGCGAGGAUUUGCCAAAUAACAGCAAAGCAUUGAUUUGUAAUCUUGACUUAAUACUCAAGUGGUUAACGUUGCGCUUCUAUGAUACGAACCCUUCUGUGCUUAUUAAGGGUCUCGAGUAUCUAGGACAAGUGUUCCAGAUGCUGGUCGAAAUGGAGUAUAUGAUGGCUGAAAAUGAGGGAAGCAGCUUUGUGCCUCAUCUACUGCUAAAGAUUGGUGAUCCAAAGGAUGCUGUGCGAAACGGAGUGCGUCGUGUCUUACGACAAAUAAACCUUUUAUAUCCCUUCACCAAGGUCUUUUCGUAUGUGAUGGAUGGACUUAAAUCUAAAAAUGCACGUCAGCGCACCGAAUGCCUUGACGAGUUAACCUUUCUCAUCGAGAACUAUGGACUAGGCAUUUGUCAGCCAUCGCAGCAGGUAGCGCUAAAGGAAAUAGCGCGUCAAAUUUCUGAUCGUGACAACUCAGUACGCAAUGCGGCACUGAACUGCAUUGUAAUGGCAUAUUUCUUAGCGGGGGAAAAGAUUUACAAACUGAUUGGACAUCUGAGUGAGAAGGAUCUAUCCAUGCUCGACGAACGUAUCAAGCGAGCCAAAAAGACAAGAAAACCAGCUGCACCAGCAGAGAUACCGCCUGGUCUAAAGCCACCAGCGCAGGUGGUGCAGCAAGACAGCAUAGAGAUAGAGGAUGCUGUGGGCAAUGGUUGUGAAGAGUUGCCACCACCCGAAGAGGAGGGCUGCCAGCAGCCAGAGUUUAAUGAGCGUGGCCAAAACAACAGGCUGGCGGAGCGGAAUGCCACAAGCGCUGAAAGCAACUUACAUUCGCUGAAUCGACAGGCUACAUUUGAUCAGGCACCUUCUGCGCAGGUGUUACAGUUGCAGCAGCAGCUGCAACUGCAUCAGCAGCAGGUUGCACAACAGAGAACAAGUGGCCCAUUUGGCUUGGAUCCGCAGGUGAUGGCUGAUAUCGAAAAGGAUUGGGUGCGAGUCGAUCAAAUGGUAUUCAAGGAGCUGCCCACAGUGGACAUAUCGCUGCUUUACGAGCCUAUUAAGGUUAUACCUACACGCGAUGGCUUCCAGUAUCCACAGGAUAAAUUCGAUCGACUCAUUGCGCGCUCACGCUACAUACAGCAAAAUCUAACCACAUCGCCGCAGUCAAAUCCUAGUAUGGCUAGCGGCGUUUCUCCCUAUCGCAGUCCAAUGCGAAUGCAGCAACAUCUAACAAGUCAAACUCAGUUGGAAAACAAUAUGCCCAACUUGGCUGAUGUGCUGCCCAAGCAUGAUCCGCAGUUAGUGAAAAUUAUCAAAGCAGUUAGCAGCACAGACACGCUUAAGGCCCGUGCGGCCAUAAAUGAACUAACAGAGAUUAUUGAGGCUCCCGAAAAGCAGGCGGUGUUGCGUGAUUACGAGGAAAUAUUUAUCCAAAAUGUGCUGGCACAGUUGAAGAAUCUCUCGCAGAUGCCUAUAAUACAGGCACAGGUUGUGUAUCAACCCUUGCUGUCCAUUUUGUACACAUUCUUCAAUGCUAACAUUCUCGGCAAAACGCUAAGCAUUGCUUGUAUUAAGAAUCUCAUGUCUGCGCUGCUCCAUCUGCUCGCUGAUCAAAAGCUAAACAGCGGGGAUGAUUGCCAAUACAACAAAGUCAUCAAUGGCAUAUGCCUUAAAGUUCUAGACAAAGUCAACUUUACUAAUAUAUACUGCGCCUUAAUACGCUUGUUGAGAGAGACCUGCCCUGUUGCCGGUUUGCCCAAAUUCACCGAUUUGCUGAUGAAAUGCAUCUGGCGUAAUAUUAAAAUGCUACCGGAACGAACCAACGAGCUUAACUAUGAUGCAGUCAUCUUGGAGGUACAUGAAUUUAUGCUGGCACUGCCCAGCACCUGGUGGCAGAAUCGUCCAUCGGAUACUCCGCUGCGUACCGUAAAAACGAUAAUACACAACAUGGCUAAGGUGAAGGGCAACGCCAUAUUACAGCAUCUCAAUCAGAUACCGACACAUUCAGAGUUGCACACAUAUUUGAUACGUAUAUUGAAGAAUUUCCAAAAAGAUGGCACGGUUUCCGGCGGUGCUGGUGUUUCGCCGCAGCGUCAACAGUUCCCUUCUAAAGAUGUUGACGGAAAGCGCAUAUCACAUCAGACACACGACACAGUAUCGCAAAUCUUCAAGCUGAUCUCAGACAAGGAUACCAAGCAACAAGGACUUCAAAAGCUUUUUGACUUUAAGCAGCAAAAUCCUGAUAUAGAUUUGAGCACUUUUCUGCAAGGAUCCAGCGUCACUUUCCACAAGUACAUUGAGGAGGGGCUUGCUGAAAUAGAACGUAAUCAGAAUACUGGCACUACACAGGCGCCUGAUAAUCGUACAGCUGCUACACGUUCUUAUCUCAUAGAUGUCAACUACCAAAAUACCGCGCAUGAUCCGGAUUAUUGGAUGGCCCGUUUACAGAACUUAAUGUCCACGCGGCAAAGCGGGGACAAUGGCUCCAAUAUGCUUGACAACCGGGUAGCCGACGAGAAUCUCUGCUUAAACUCGAUGAACUCACAGAAAGUGUCGCUAAUCAGACAAGAGAAACCUGAAUUGUCGCCCAAUCGCCUUCAGCACAUACAGGCCAAACUGGCGCAGAUUAAAAAGGAGAAUCAUGCCCAAUAAAUAUGAACGAGAGCCGUCUUACUAUUUAGUUAGCAGUGUAUAGCUUGUUCUGCUAUGGAUUAUUAUAUAUUUAUAUUACAUAUUAAUGCCGAUCAGCAACGAGAUAAGCUCUCUAGGGCGUCAUUAACCACAUACACAAUUUAUUAUUUAACAUAAAUAUAUAUGCUUAUAGAUUUUCGGUAUAAUCAUAACGUUUAGUAACAAAUCGAAGCAAAACUUAAGUCAGGUUAAUAACAACUACUACAGUAACAGUAACAACAGCAUACUACACCAAUCCUACUAAUAUUAUUUACUACCAACUAUAUGAACUGCAAGAGCAAAUUAUCUAUGUAUUAGCACUGAGUUAUGUAUUUUGGUAUGUGUAUUCGAAUUUCGAUUGCCUGAGUUGAGAUUACAAUUUCAGCAUGUUCUAUUUGUCGUUCGUUAAGUUAGUUCCUUGCAUCUUUUACGGUCAUUCUAUUAGAAAUGCGUGAAAAUUAAAAGUUAAAGCAAUUACCACAUGUUAAAGAUUUAUGUAUUAAUAAAAGAGAACUGGUUUUUUCCCCAAAACAUAUGGUAUGAACCUUGUUAUGCUGCUACCAACUGAUAUUGGCCAAGCAAAGAGCAGAAAAGCUCUGCGACUUAAAUAACUAUUUUUGAAACGUUGGAAACAUACUACAUGCCAGCUCGUAAUUAGAUAACGGACAAUUUACUAUGUUGCUGUGGCGUUUGUCUUAACAGUUAUUUAGCAUAAGCCCUGUCUAGUUUAACACACACACUCACAUACACUCUCA